CGCAUUAUUAACAAGGUGGGUCGAAGCCCACGAGCUUGUCGUUUGAAAAGCACCACCACUUUCUCCUGAUCAACUCCAGAUCCAUCGCCACCGGACUCAGGCUACUUUUCCGGCAACUUCUCUGAAUUCCGGCGAAAUUUGAGCUUGAUUUUUUCUUUUUCUUUUUUUCUCAUCAUCUCAGGUCUGCUCCAGUUAUUCAAUAGUGAUUCAUCCAAUCGGUCUCUUCAACUAUUCAUAAUCAUGUGACUGUUACUAGGAAUGGAGGACCUCCCUCUUAUGAUCUCAUGAUUCCGAUCAAAUUAGGGUUUAUCUUUUCCCAAAAAAAAUGUCAAAUUCUAGUUGCGAGGAGAUAUUUUUUAAGCGAACUGAAAAUUUGUGUUAUUAUUUGUAGAAAUAGAGGGCGCUUUUUGUGAUUUUGAUUAAAAAGUUUGAUUAGUUUCAGGAGUGAGUGGGAUUGAAUGUGUGGAUUAUUGAUUGCACAGUGUUUUGUGGACAAUUGAAGACGAUGGGUGAGGUAUUUGAUGGAUACGAGCGCCAGUACUGUGAGCUUUCAGCCAAUUUGUCCAAGAAGUGUACGACAGCUAGUCUUCUGGAUGGAGAGCAGAAGAGGCAACAAAUUUCUGAAAUAAAAGCCGGAUUGGAUGAAGCAGACUCUCUGAUACGGAAAAUGGACCUUGAGGCUAGAGGUCUGCAGCCGAAUGUAAAGGCUGUACUUCUUGCUAAGCUAAGGGAAUACAAAUCUGAUCUGAACAAUUUGAAAAGUGAGGUUAAAAGAAUUGCAUCAGCUAACUCAAAUCAGGCUGCCCGAGAUGACUUAUUAGAAUCAGGAAUGGCUGAUGCAAUGUCGGUAUCGGCUAAUCAAAGAGCACGAUUGAUGAUGUCAACAGACAGAUUAAAUCAGUCCAGUGAUAGAAUUAAGGAAAGUAAAAGAACCAUGCUGGAGACAGAAGAGCUUGGUGUUUCAAUUCUUCAAGAUUUGCAUCAACAACGACAAUCGCUCUUACAUGCCAAUGACACGCUGCAUGGAGUAGAUGACAACGUUAGCAGAAGUAAGAAAAUUUUGACCAACAUGUCAAGGAGGAUGAGCAGGAACAAGUGUAUUAUCGGCUCCAUAAUUGCAGUCCUCGUUGUUGUCAUUGCCUUGAUCUUGUACUUCAAACUCUCCAAAUAGCCACGACUGUUAACCUCUUUUGGUUUGUGUGUUUCCAAGAGACAUGAGCUUCCCUUUUUUCCCCUUCUAAUCUCUUUCAUUUUCAUCUUGUGAGUUUGCUAUUUUGCCAUUGAGUGCCAACUUCCGGAUAUUUGAUUAAUCUACUGUCACCUUUUUCUUUUCUUUUUUUUUCUUUUUUUUUUUCUUUUUUUUUUUUGUUUUUUUUUGUUUUGGUUGGGAACAAAUCUGAAAUACCACAAAGUCAUGUUUCAUUCUGUGCA